AUACAAGCGGUGCACGCAUCGGCACGGUCACACAGAAGCUGACAGCGCGCAGAGGAGUACGCACCAAAACGGCACAUCUCCGCUCUGGAUAUUAUUGGAUCUAACGCUUUACGGAUGUGCAAUAUGACUUUUGAAGAAAACAGUGGGGAAAACUCAUCGGACAGGAUGGAAUCGGUGGCCACUGCGCUAGAAGAGGUCCUGAGCUCUGCAUUGCCUCAGGGUUGCAUCACUGUGGGAGUUUAUGAGGCAGCCAAGUCACUCAAUGCCGACCCAGACAACGUGGUCCUCUGCCUGUUAGCCACGGACGAGGAGGAGGAUGUCGCUCUCCAGAUCCACUUCACCUUGAUCCAGGCGUUUUGCUGCGAAAAUGACAUCAACAUCCUGCGAGUGAGCAACAUGCGGCGUCUGGCUGAGAUUCUGGGCGGAGGGGUGAAGCCCACCGCCGACUUGGACCUGCACUGCGUUUUAGUUACAAACCCUCAGUCUUCUCUCUGCAAAGACCCAGCACUCAGCAAAGUCAACAGAUUCUGCAGAGAUAGCCGCUGCUUGGACCAGUGGGUACCAGUCAUCAACCUCCCUGACCGAUGAAAACUCUUGGAUUUUAAACUACUAUGUGUGCAAAAAAAAAUGGGAUAUUAACUGCACAAGUGUUAAUGUCUUGUCUUUGGACUCCUUCGGGCCCCUCCGUGGAUCAUACAGGGGAAACAAGCUCUGAAAGGAGGAGGAGGAGAGAGAAAAAAAUCUAACCAAAGUGCACCAGGAAGCUAGCUGCAAAUUUAGCGGGUCAGAGCUGAGGCAAGCAUGACUCAGCUAUAAAGCGCCUUCCAGGAUUUCCAAAGGGUGACUACGCGAUUUGCCGAGAAAGAAACCGGAAAUUCAGUCAUGCCCGCAGAUAAGGACAUGUGGUUUGCAGCACCGGAGAGAGAGAGAAAGAGAGAGAGAAGGAAAGGAGGAGAGGAGAGAAGGAAAGACCAAUUCACUCAGAACUUAACACGAUUCUCACAUGACAAAUCCAAGUGCACGUAUUUAUUUAUAUUAUUUAAGUCAAUUUGCUCAUCUUAAGAAGGGAAUGUUUUAUAGUUUUUCUAAAGGCAAUGCAAUGUUUGGCCGUCUUGUUUAUUUUUUUAUGUGUGUUCAAGAUGAAUUUCAUAUUUAUUGUGCAAAGUUCAUGGAUUUAUGCCUUUUUGUUAAGUUGGAUGAAAUAAAUACAACUUGUUCUGAGCUUA